UUAUGAUAUGUAUGAUGCUUGCAGUUUUAUGCGGGCCCUGAGACCUUUAAGCUACUUAGCAGCCCAACGCCGUACAAGUCACUCUGCGGUGCUUGGAGUAUCGUACACAAGGAAUAAUUAUCAUAAUAUCAUGACACCGGUGCAGCUAUGCAAUAUAACCCAGAGCCCUCAAUAUGAGGAUGUAGGUAUGAUACUCAUAAUGAUCCGCAAAGCUCUGAAGGUGUCGAAGUCCACUGCACGCGCCGAACCCGCUUCCCUGAGCGGAAUUCCGGGUAACUUUGCGAGCCCCACGAAUGUCCAAGGCCUGGCUGGUGCUCGAGUAGACUAGCCAUUGAUCGGAUGGGAUGAGUUGAAACGGAGUCCACAACGCUCUCAUUUCGUAGACUAUCAUCUCCACCCUCCGAGCACUGAAACUAUUCUCGCCAAUUCUUUGUACAAACUCUUGUAAGUCAAAUCCCAAGAUUUCCCACUUUACCUGAGGCAAUUUUCAUAAUUACCACCGGCAAGCAUCGUAUCAUCCAUCCUGUGACUGUUUCUACCGCUUUGCGUAGAUUAAGUUUAUAGUGUUCAAAUCUAAUCUAAUCUCCAAUCAGACCAGAUGAUUACAAAUCUGGGAGUCCUAACCCGAAGAGUCAGCACCGUGAUUUAUGGUGAGGUCACCGUGAAACGCGUUACCCAGCUUCGAGUCCCCAGCCGCCGCUCGGUCGCGUCCCACCAGAUCCACAUCUCCAGCUACCAAGCCGCUCCCAGAACCCGUAUCCAGGACCAGCUCUACGAAGAUUUCUGUGAAGACUACGAAAUCGAUCAAGGUUACGACAUGCCUCCGAAGAGUAAGAAGCGUCAGGCGGAAAAGUACAAAAAUGAUGACGGAUCCGUCGAGGAUGCUGCACCGUUAAGCAAACGUUCUAGAGUUGAGAUUGGGAAGAAGGCUGUCGAUAAUGAGGGAAACCCCUAUUGGGAGGCGAGCAUUCAUUUUUAGGCCUUGAUGGCUUUGCUCCAAGCUUACAUGCCUUAGAUCGGAGGCCGCCUUCGUCGUGUUGGUGUGAGCAAAUUUGGUGGCAAGAACUUGAUAAACAUUCGCGAGUAUUUCGAAAAGGAUGGAAAGGUUCUUCCGGGAAAAAAGGUAACGUUCAUUAUGUUUUAUUCACUUUCACUUUUGAUAUUCAUCUGACGCCAACAUAUUAUUAGGGCAUCUCUCUUUCCAUUGAACAAUUCGACGCCUUUUUAUCCGUCCUUCCACAGAUUGAGCAGCACCUUGUAGAUUUGGGGGUUGUAGUCCAGAGACCAAAUUUUGGUGGGUCGGCCGCUGUAGAGCAGGAGGACGAAGGCGGGGCCAAGGAGGAAGAGAAACAGGAAGAGGAGGAGGAAAUUGAAGAACCGAAACCAAAGGAAAGUUCUAAAAGAGGCAGAAAGUGAACAUGAUCCACGGCGGAUCAUGGUUUACCCCGGGAAAAUAUCAAAUCUUUUUGUGCCCAUACAACCCAUCUGUAUGGCUGAUUAGAAACUCAAUGCUUGUAUCAUAUUAUGCACUAGCCCCAAAUCCACUUCACUUCAUCCU